GGAGGCGCUGUGAGCAGCGCGCACCCCAGGCUGACGCGCAGCCCCCGGGUCGCUGCACCUGUGGCACCAGCGCCGUGCUGCGGGGGAGGAGGGCGGGUUCGGGCGGGCACUGCAGGGGCGGGGAGGGUGCGGACCGCAGCUCCCGGGGCCGGCCGAGGCGGCGCCAGACCCGGACACGGUGCAGGAUGGAAGCGCAGGACUGCGGGGCGGCCGCCACGCCGGAGCCCCCCUGCCGCGGCUUGGUGGCCGAGUGGUGGGACAUGGUGGGGCGGAGCGUGCGAUCUUUCCCACAUUCCUGUUCAACACUUGGAAGAAAAAUUGCUGCUCUGUACAACAGCUUUACUAGUAAACCAUUAAAAGAACACAUUUUCCCUCCUCUGAUGGAAAUGCUAAUUUAUUUUAAUUUUUACAAAGCCCCAUUUCUCGUGGAUUUAAAGAAUCCAGAAGCAAAGAUCCCCCACACGGUGAACUUUUACAUCAGCUCUGAGCCCGGGGUGAUUCUGGGAGUGUGGCACACAGUGCCCAGCUGCCGGGAGGGCGACGCCAGGGGGAAGGAUCGGGGCUGGUACGAAGCGGCGUUGCAGGAUGGGAACCCAAUCAUUGUCUAUCUUCAUGGCAGUGCACAACACAGGGCAGCUUCUCACAGAGUCAGGCUGGCAAAGGUGCUCAGUGACGGUGGCUUUCACGUCUUGUCUGUUGACUACAGAGGGUUUGGAGACUCUACAGGGAAGCCCACAGAGGAGGGACUGACUGUGGAUGCCAUCUGUGUCUACGAGUGGACCAAGGCAAGAAGUGGCAUGACCCCCGUGUGUCUCUGGGGCCACUCGCUGGGUACAGGAGUUGCCACAAAUGCUGCAAAAGUAUUAGAAGAGAAAGGAUGCCCAGUUGAUGCCAUUGUCUUGGAAGCUCCAUUUACCAACAUGUGGGUUGCAUGCAUCAAUUAUCCCUUGUUAAUGAUCUGCCGGAAGUUUCCACGAUGUUCACGUGCACUCAUGGAUGCCAUGAAGAGAGACAGAAUAGUCUUCCCCAGUGAUGAAAAUGUCAAGUUCCUGUCCUCCCCGCUGCUCAUCCUACACGGAGAGGACGACAGGACGGUGCCUCUGGAGUGUGGGAAGAAGCUCUAUGAAAUCGCACACACAGCAUACCGGAACAAAGAGAGGGUCAAGAUGGUUAUCUUUCCUCCCGGCUUCCACCACAACCUCCUUUGUAAAAGCCCCCUCCUGAUAAUGACCGUGAGGGAUUUCCUGAGCAAGCAGUGGGCCUGAGGGCUGGAACCGGCAGGAAGACUUGGUCCCAGCGCCACCUGUGAUGUGCGUUAUUUUCGUGCAAGGCCAUUUGGAUGAGCUGAAGCCAUCUGCCAUUUCAAUAAGGCAGGCGUGGGUGCUGGGUGGAUGGGAUGUCCUCACUUAGCUCUGCUGUGUGAAGUGUGCAAAACGUCCGAGUGGGGAAUAAGAACUUGGUAGAA